AUGGCUGCUGUCGGCGACGCAUCGACGCGAUUCGACUCCUCCGCCGGCGAACUCUCUUCUCCCCCUUCAGGCUCCCUCUCAGAACCCGGGUCGCCCUCUCACGGGGCUGGCCGCCGUCCCAACGUCGCGAAAGACGGCUCAAAGAUCGAAAUGGAGGAAAUCGUCGUCAGCGGCGACCAGAACCCGCAGUACUCGCAGCAGUAUCCGUCGCAGCCCCCUCCUGGCGGCUCUCCUGGAACCGCCCCGGGCUCUCGAAGCCAGGCGCAAAAGAAAUACUCGUACAUCGACGGCGAAUGGGUGCAACUAACAGCAGCGGGAGUACCCCGCAAAAAGCCGGGACGCAAGCCCGGCUCCGUGGUCAAGCCAAAGGCUCCUGCAGACGGAUCCGAAGCGCCCAAGCGCAAGAGAAAGUUAGCGCCUGCCUCUGAUGUCGAUACCGAUGCGCCCAGUCCAAGGCCACUCGCCCCUGCUGCAGCGCCUGGACUGUCUUCUUCUUCUCCUUCUCUUCACCCUCAGCUUGGAGAGCCUCUGUCUUCCACGCCCCAGCAUCAGUUACAGCAGCUGCCUGAUAGACGCAUCGCCAGCCCUACAUCCAUACCCGUGCGCACCAGCGGCCAGAGUUACGAUCCCAUCCGAGGCAACUAUGAUCCCGUCCGAGAAACCAUAACUUCGCAUUACUCUUCAGCGGCUGGGUCUCCGCGAGCCACCCUAGCUGUUCAGCCAUCACACCGCUCGCCGUCUAUUGCCAGCAUGAUUGAGCCACAGCCGUCCACCAAGGCAUCGCCUAGUCAAUCCCACCAGCCAUACCCGCCUGCAGUGCCUCAGUCUCGCCUGCAAACUCAAGAGGCUACCCCGCUACCGCCUUCCCCGUCCUAUGUGCCCAAGACAACAGCUUCCACGCCAGCUCAAACUCCCGCAUUGAAGCCUGCGGUCCCAGAGAUAAAACGUGACGCCCCCACACCUACGCCUCCAGCGCCACGACCAGUCAUCGACCACGCAAACUUUACCACAAUUGCAAACGGGCCUGUGAAGAAGGUGUCGCCGAAGCAAAAGCCCAUCACCGGCGUCUCGACACCAAAGACGGACUAUCUGGAUGAGACAAUAAUGGAGAUGGACGAGAGAUCGAUUCUCGACUUCGGCAGAGCCCGCCCCGGCGAAGAAAAGGAGACGCCCACCAUCGUCCUCACCAUUCCCAUCUCUGCGGGAGAAACUAACAAAUACGUAAAUUUUAUGCGUAUGGCAGAGGAUCAGUACGGCUGGGAUGCCUUGCAUCCCCGUCUUGCCGCCGACCGAGACCGCAAAGCUCGAAUUGCUGCAGCGGCCGCGUCCCUGGAGAAGGUCGAAUCCGGCCGUGAGUCUGGUGAUGAGAUGUCAGUCGACUUGUCCGAUGCUGAAGGCAGCAAUCCCGAAAACGGUGGAGUGAGUGGCGCCGAUGCCCAAGCCAAGCCAAAGAAGAAGCGAAACUUCAAGGAGGACCAAUACGACGUGGAUGACGACUUUGUGGACGACUCUGAACUGCUCUGGGAGGCUCAAGCUGCCGCCAGCCGAGAUGGCUUCUUCGUUUAUUCGGGCCCCUUAGUUCCCGAGGUUGAGAAACCAGCUGCGGGACACGAGGAACGUCCUAAGCGCGGACGCGGUGGACGAGGCAGUCGAGGCGGCGGCCGAGGAGGCGCGACAAGAGGAGGAGCCACCACUGGACGCGGUGGCGGUCCAGGUUCCCGAGGCGGUGCCGUCACACGGAAACCUCGUAUCACGAAGUCCGAAAAGGCGCAACGAGAGCGGGAAAAGGCAGAAAGAGAGAGCAUGGCCAAAGCAUCAUCCAACGGAUACCCUCUCCAGCCCACCACCCCGUCAUUAUCCGUCCGCGAGCUUGGUUCUUAG